AUGACAGAAGUCGAUGGAUAUCAGACGAGGAGCAAACAGAAGAUUUUCCCUGAGAUGGGGGACUCCUUUUUCUCUGAUGACGAUUCUGCUGCCACAGAUGACAAUCAAUCGGUGUUUGAGGACGAUAAGUUUAUCGAUGGCAACGAUGACUAUGGCUAUGGGAACCAAGAAGGGAAAGCCAUAGGCCCUUCAAUACCAAAGCCCAGGAAACCCUCAAAGAAAUCCAGAGCUGAUCCAAGCAGCAGUGAAACUGCUAACAAACUUGCGGCAAAGGAUCAAAAUUUUCUCUAUGGGACCAAUAGAGAUAUUCCUUCUGAUUUUGUACCAGAUGCAGUUUCAGGAAUGUUCAGAUCUCAUGAUUUCAGCUACCUGCGGCUACGUCCCGAUCAUGCCGCAAGACCUAUAUGGAUAUCACCCAGUGAUGGUAGGGUUAUUUUAGAGAGUUUCUCCCCGUUGGCGGAACAAGCACAAGAUUUUCUGGUUACUAUUGCAGAACCAGUUAGUAGGCCAUCGCAUAUUCAUGAGUAUAAGAUUACAGCAUACUCUCUUUACGCUGCUGUAUCUGUUGGUCUCGAGACAAACGAUAUCAUUUCCGUAUUGGAUAGGUUAUCCAAGGUUCCAGUGGCACCUUCUAUCAUUAACUUUAUUAAAAGUGCCACGGUGUCAUACGGCAAAGUAAAACUGGUUAUCAAACAUAACAGAUAUUUCGUAGAAACGACACAAACUGAUAUAUUGCAGAUGCUUUUAAAGGAUCCAGUCAUCGGUACUUUGCGGAUAGACACCGAGCAACAGCAGCAAUCUCAGGAGCAACAGAAACAGACUGAGAAGCAAAAGACAAGUGUAUCUCAGGAUAAAAUAAAUCCUAAUGACGUAGAAGCGAUGUUCAGUGCCGUUGUAGGGGGCGAUAACGAAAUAGAUGAGGAGGAUGAUAUUGAUGCUGUCCAUGCAUUUGAAAUCGCUAAUCAAUCUGUUGAAAUUGUAAAAAAAAGAUGUCAGGAAAUAGAUUAUCCGGUGCUUGAAGAAUAUGAUUUCCGUAAUGAUCAUCGAAACCCAGACUUGGAUAUCGAUCUCAAACCUUCUACACAGAUUCGUCCAUAUCAAGAAAAAUCUUUGAGUAAAAUGUUUGGUAACGGUCGUGCAAGAAGUGGUAUUAUCGUUUUGCCUUGUGGGGCAGGUAAGACAUUGGUUGGUAUCACGGCAGCUUGUACGAUUAAAAAGUCGGCCAUUGUUCUAUGUACUUCCUCGGUGUCAGUUAUGCAAUGGAGGCAACAGUUCUUGCAAUGGUGCACCUUGCAACCGGAGAAUGUCGCUGUGUUCACGUCUGAUAACAAAGAAAUGUUCCAAACUGAAUCGGGACUGGUUGUAUCUACGUAUUCGAUGGUUGCCAAUACAAGAAACAGAUCACACGAUUCACAAAAAGUCAUGGAUUUUUUAACAGGGAGAGAAUGGGGAUUCAUUAUUUUAGAUGAAGUUCAUGUUGUUCCAGCUGCAAUGUUCCGUAGAGUAGUAACGGCAAUUGCGGCCCACGCAAAGUUAGGUCUUACCGCUACACUAGUCAGAGAAGAUGACAAAAUUAGCGAUUUGAAUUUUUUAAUUGGUCCUAAAUUAUAUGAAGCCAACUGGAUGGAACUUUCUCAAAAGGGACAUAUUGCCAAUGUCCAAUGUGCCGAGGUGUGGUGUCCUAUGACUGCAGAAUUUUACCAAGAAUACUUGAGAGAAAGUGCAAGAAAAAGAAUGCUGCUUUAUAUUAUGAACCCUACAAAAUUUCAAGCAUGUCAAUUCUUGAUUCAGUAUCAUGAAAGGAGAGGCGACAAAAUUAUUGUAUUUUCCGAUAAUGUGUAUGCUCUGCAAGAGUACGCGUUGAAGCUCGGUAAACCCUUCAUUUUUGGAGCUACUCCUCAACAAGAACGUAUGAAUAUUUUACAAAAUUUCCAAUUUAAUGACCAAAUCAAUACUAUUUUUUUGUCUAAAGUCGGUGAUACGUCCAUUGAUCUACCGGAAGCAACAUGUCUUAUUCAAAUAUCUUCACAUUACGGUUCACGUCGUCAAGAAGCUCAAAGAUUAGGAAGAAUUUUAAGGGCAAAAAGACGUAAUGAUGAAGGAUUCAAUGCAUUUUUCUAUUCAUUGGUUUCAAAAGAUACCCAAGAGAUGUAUUAUUCUACCAAAAGACAGGCUUUCUUAGUGGAUCAAGGUUAUGCAUUCAAAGUCAUUACACAUCUUCAUGGCAUGGAAAACUUACCGAAUUUAGCAUAUUCUUCUCCUAGAGAGCGUAGAGAGUUGCUACAGGAAGUUUUAUUGAAGAAUGAGGAGGCUGCAGGAAUUGAAGUUGGUGAUGAUGCCGAUAACACGAUAGGAAGAGGCAGCAACGCCUAUAAAAAGGCGAAAUCCAAGGCUGUUAGAGGUGAAGGGUCAUUGGCAGGUCUUGCAGGUGGUGAAGACAUGGCGUAUAUGGAAUACAGUACAAACAAGAACAAAGAAUUAAAAGAGCAUCAUCCAUUGAUUCGUAAGAUGUAUUAUAAAAAUUUGAAGAAAUGA